UCUCUCGAAAUUUUCUUGUAAACGCGUUGAUCAAAGACUCAAGACUAACGGGUCUGAAUAUUGUAUUUCUUCAACGAAGAAUCAGUCUUCACUGUUAAAGUCUUCCAUUUUCACUUAUUAAUACAUUCCCUUUUUUUCUCUUCAAUCACAAUUCAUGAUCAUGGUUUUGUACUAAGUAUAUGAUCCAAGAAAAGUGAUAACUGUGUUUUUUGAUUAGUUUUUUCAAGAUUUGAGGUGGUUUUUUUGUUAAAAUGACUAGCGUUUUGAGAAGUUUUUUACCUGGUUCAACCUCGACAUCGAGAAAUAAUGAUUGUGAUGAGGAUUAUAGUGUGGAAUACUCCUUUGCCAUGGAGUACAGUGGCCCUCCAGUAAAUCAUGAUAUUCCCCAGGUACUUCCAAUCGAUGUUCGCCGGAUUCCGACCGCCGCGGCUGCUAAGGUCUUAAAUAAUUUGUCGCUUCCGAUCAUUCAGCCGAUUGUCAAGAGUAAACCCUCCGAGAAGAAAUUUUCAAUUAAAUCUCCGGAUUCUGUUAUACAAUUGGGUAAAGCAAGGAGUUCUGAAGAGAUUCUAUCUAGAAAAUUAGAGAUUGCGGAUGAAAAUUCUAGCAGUUCCGGCACUUUAGGGUUUUCAGAGGGGCUCGGUGAUUCGAAUCAAUUAUCAGGAAGCUCCGAUGUUGAGGAUAUAGAUGACAAAUGCAAGGCAAUAGUAGAUCACGAUUACAGUAAAUCAACGGUGGAUUCGUCGGAAAUUUCUUCAUCGGAAGAAGUGGAACUUAGAGCCUGUGAGAAUGAAAUUGAAGCUGAAGCUCCUGGCCUGCACAUUAUGCCACCGGUAGUGGAUUUUCAUGAAUUAACACAGAGUGAUGUAAAUUCUGAUGGAAGUGAUCCCGAACCGCAGAUAGUCUUCCCGGAGAGGCCGGUGGUAUCGGGUGACGCGAAAGGGUUGUGCCAUAGAUGUCAUAGGAAGAGCCGAUUCGCGGACAAGGAAGUUUGCAUUGUCUGUCGAGCUAAGUAUUGCAGCAAGUGCGUGAUCAGAGCAAUGGGAUCAAUGCCGGAGGGGAGAAAAUGUAUUACUUGCAUUGGUUAUCGGAUUGAUGAGUCGAGGCGAGGAUCAUUAGGAAAAACUUCUCGACUAUUGAAGAAAAUCCUCGUUGACGAAGCCAUUAAACACAUUAUGAAAUCCGAGCUUUCUUGUGAAGUAAAUCAGUUACCACCUCAUCUUGUGUGUGUAAAUGAAAAGCCUCUUACUAUUGAAGAGUUGGUUUCGUUGCAAAGCUGCCCUAAUCCACCAAAGAAGCUUCGACCGGGUAGGUUUUGGUAUGACAAGGUAUCGGGAUUCUGGGGCAAGGUAGGAGAGAAACCGAGCCAGAUUAUCACCUCCCAACUUACAGUCGGUUUACAAAUUAGGAAAGAAGCUAGCAAUGGAAACACGAAUGUAUUGAUAAAUAGUCGGGAGAUCACAAAACCAGAACUACGAAUGUUGAAGGUUGCAGGAAUUCACUGCGAAGGAAAUCCUCAUUUUUGGGUUACUGCAGAUGGAUCCUAUCAGCUCGAAGGUAUGAAUUACGUGAUGGGGAAAUUAUGGGAUAAGACAAGAGUCAAGAUAGUAUGUAAAGUACUGUCUUUGCCGUUUCCUUCUGACGUUUCUAAUCCUGGUGGCGAAGAUGUUGCCAAUAAAACUGAUGAAGUCAACUUAAAGAUCUUAGAUCGGAAAAGAAUAGCUAAAUUUCUCCUAGUCGGAGGUGAUCGGUCGGGAACAAGUACCAUAUUUAAACAGGCAAAAAUUCUGUAUGACGUACCUUUCUCAGAAGAUGAGCGUGAAAAUAUCAAAUUUGUGAUCCAAAGAAAUUUAUACAGUUACAUCGGUAUCAUUCUUGAGGGUCGUGAACAAUUUGAAGAAGAUUAUUCUGUUGAAAUGAGGAGACAACGCCACAUUGAUCAACCUGGUCCUUCAGAGAUAUCUGAAGAGGUUGAUGAACAAAAUAUUUAUUCCAUUAGUCCGAGUCUGAAAGCAUUCUCCGAUUGGCUUCUCCAAGUUAUGGGUUCGGGCAACUUGGAGGCCGUUUUCCCAGCCGCUACUCGAGAGUACGCACCAUUAAUUGAGCAGUUAUGGAAGAACGAAGCCUUUCAAGCCUCAUACAAACGAAGAAAUGAACUGCAUAAACUACCAAGAGUCUCAAAUUAUUUCUUAGAUCGAGCUGUUGAGAUUUCCAAAAUUAACUAUGAGCCUUCAGAAAUGGAUAUUUUGUAUGCGGAGGGCAUCACUUCAUCCAAUGGGGUUGCAUCCAUGGAAUUUUCUUUUCCCGUUUUAUCUCAGGAUGCAUACAUGGAAUCUAAUGAUCAGAGUGAUCCCAUUUUAAGGUACCAACUCAUUAGAGUUAACGAAAACAGCCUCGGAGGAAACUGCAAGUGGCUGGAGAUGUUUGAAGACGUCAACCUUGUUAUGUUUUGCGUUUCCUUGACCGAUUUUGAUGAAUUGCACGAAGACGCAACUGGAAUUUGCACAAACAAGAUGUUGGCGAACAAGAAACUUUUUGAGAGAGUAGCCACCCAUCCGUCCUUCGCCCAGAAGAAUUUCAUUCUCAUACUCAACAAGUUCGACCUGCUGGAAGAAAAAAUCGAACAAGUUCCUCUAUCGCUAUGUGAGUGGUUUCAGGAUUUUAGUCCCCUGAUCAGUCUUAAUCCACACAACACCACCAACCCGCCUUUAGCUCAACGUGCUUUCCACUACAUCGCUGUGAAGUUCAAACGGCUUUUCAAUUCCCUGACUGGGCGCAAGUUGUUUGUUGCACCGGUUACAGGACUGGAAGCUGAUAGCGUUGACCUCGCUUUUAAAUAUGGUCGGGAGGUCCUGAAGUGGGACAUGGAGAAACUUACGUUCAGUAUGAAUGAAGAUUCUAUCGAAAGCAUCGAGGCUAGCACAACAUAAAUUUCAAACAGAAAUAGUUGUAAGUAGUCUCUUCUCCCGUUACAGCAUUAAUGAAUAAGUCUAUUUAAAUGUACAUAUCCUUGUAUUCGUCGAAUAAGAUGGACAUGGCAUGAUUUCAUACCUUUGUUAAGUGUGACGGAUUAAGUCGUUGAGACCAUUAAAGUUCUUUUAUUCAAUCAAAUUCAGGAAUAUGUUCGUUUCUUGAUCUUGACUGAAGAUCCAUACACAUAUAUAUAUACUCUUUACAUGUACAUAAAAGAGGAUCAAUUCCUCGUUUAGUUUCAACAUGGUGCAAACCGGUCCAUGAGCAAAAACACGGUCGCUUCUGACAUCGUCCCCUCCCUUAGGGCGUUUGCCGGUGACUUGAGGGUGGCUGAUGAUGAAGUCGACUCUUGCUUUCGUUGUUUUCUUUCUUCUACUUCAUUAGCCGCGGCUUGAA